CCCGUGGUUUCUUCAAACAAUCCGGCUUCGUGUCUUUUACACCAAGAUCGAGCCGAAGUUCUUACAAACUUGGGUUUUGGAGAAGUGCAUUUUCUUUGGAGCCCCACGGGCAAAGCAAAACCUAGUACGUCCAUAGCAUGGCAGGAAGAUUCAUUGGACUUUUUCUUGUCGCCCUUCGAGGCCAGUUUGACAUUCGCUUUGGCGGAGGGUUGUGGCCUUGCUAUGAUGACGACUUUGACGAAGGAUACACCAUUUACAACAGUAGAUGCGGAGAAAGGGUGUUCUUUGGCAAUGUGCUGAAUCGAAUGGGACAAGAGUUUGUGGGAGCGGAGAUUGAGCCCUUUCCACCGGACGAUUUGAAUGUGUUUUACGUCGGGAAUAGCUAUACCGGGUACAAUCAACUGGCCGAGUUGACCGUUGGCGUGUUUGAAAGAGACGGCGUCAACGCCGAGGCAUCCUUCUUGGCGGGGGAAGACCUUGCAAGUAUGGUACGAAUGAUCCACGGAGGAGAGGGAAAUUACUUUUUCAAUGGUGGUGAGUUGCUGGCGCAUUUCCUCAUGUCGAGUGGUGAUGACGCCCUGGCGGCCCACCGCUGGAAGUGGAUCAUUCUGCAGAAUAUUAGCCAUCAGGCGGGAUUUUGGAGAAGCAAAAACCAAGAGCUAAGGGAUACUUUUGACGAGAGCUUGGAGGCCGCACAAACACUCAACAGCCUGAUAAUAGACAGUCAACCAGAGGCCGAGACUAUCUUUAUGAUGACAUGGGGGCGUAUGGACCUCUUUGAAGACUAUCCUGAUCUGUACACAGACUUUCUGACGUCGCAGAACUUGAUCACAGAGGGUUAUCUACGAUACGUAGAGGCCACGUCUACCCCUGAAAGGCCGACCUAUUGUGCCCCAGUAGGGCUAGUCUAUCAGUCAAUCUACCUUGAAGAAAAGCUUGCCGGAAUCGAAGAACCCCAUAAAGCCGACUCUGGAUCUCUCUUCUACCAGCUGUAUGAGAAUGGUGGCGACCACGAAAGUUUGGCCGGUUCCUACAUUAUUGCUUUGACUGUGUACGCAACAAUCACAGGGAACGAUGCGAAACUUGUUACCUGGAAGCCUCCCACCAGAAUCAUGGACGAGGCCAUGGCAGAAAGAUGCCGGGAUGCUGUGAGUCGCACGAUCAAGGUGACCGCAGAAAAGGGGAUCAUUCGGUACCCUUGGCAAGACAAAGACGGACAGUAGACUCCAUGCUCAUCUUGGGGGUGAUAGUCAUGCGGUGGUGCUUUUUUCACAUGAUAGGGGGUGUAGCACGAAACAGAGCAGUCCCCGCUGGGAGGCAGCCAUUCCACAUGUCGCCUCCGCACAGACCACCCUGCCCCCACUUGGCGUACUCACUGCUACGACACAGUUGGACUACACGUACAACCAAAUCGCAGCUUGUAACUUAAUAGAAAUUUUUGCUAGACCAUGAUGACAACCACAGACAGCUGCUUGCCAGCGCCAAUAGCAUGUG